CCGUCCACAAGCUGGAGUGACUCAAUGACUGAGCAAACCCCGCACGACUCUCAAGAUCUGAUCCGAGGGGGGCUGUAUAGGCAACAGCAAACCACUACUUUUCAUAUUUCCUUUAUCAACCCUGUCAGUCCUCCAAAAUGUCCACCGCCGCUGAAACCGAACGCGCUGCCGCUCUUCUCGAUGCCCAAAACAAAGCUGCACAGCUCUUCGAAGAGAUCGAACGAGACCUAAUCCGUCCCGGCGUCAGCGAGAAAGUUCUCAGCAAGGAAAUCCACGAACUCGGUGCGAAGCGCCAUGGGGUCCGGACUCACUGGCACAAACGCGUCGUGCGCAGCGGACCCAACACCCUGAGCCCUUUUGCUGAGAACCCUCCGGACCGCAUCAUCCAGUCGGACGACAUCCUCGUCGUCGACCUCGGUCCCGUCUUUGAGGAGUGGGAGGCGGAUUUUGGGCGCACAUACGUUCUGGGCGAUGACCCGGCCAAGAUCAAACUGCGGGAUGCUCUUGACCCUAUCUGGCACACCGUCAAGGGGCGUUUUCGUGAGAACCCGGAUAUGACCGCGGAGGAGUUGUAUGCGAUCUCCUGCGAGGUGGUACAACAAGCGGGGUGGGAUUUUGGCGCUCCUAUCGCGGGUCAUCUGGUUGGGUCUUUUCCGCAUGAGAGAAUCCCGAACGACAAGAUUAGUCUUUACAUUGCCAAGGGGAACAGCGAUAAGAUGAUGGUUCCGGGGCGUGAUGGACACAUGCGGCAUUGGAUCCUGGAGAUCCACAUUCACGAUCGUGCUCGUGGGUUUGGUGGAUUCUGCGAGCAGCUAUUGACCGUGGAUUGAGUCAAACCCUCUGUAUCCGGGGUCGAUGAGGUUGGCAAUACGGGAGAGCCUGUUAUACCUUAAUAUUCACCUAAUAUCAAGCUUGAUUAUUAAAUAUCAGUAUUUUCUUUGCAGUUCUGAAUAUGGUCGUUCAAACGGAAGGAACAUAAGCCUGUCGCAGCGGACCUAUAGAGCGGGUACGAUAACCAGUCCUCAGUUGUUGAGCUGCGGA